UACCAGAAGUUAAGCCAGAGGAUGCUGGACAUUUCCGGGGACCGAGGCGUGCUGAAGGAUGUCAUCCGGGAGGGCGUCGGGGAGCUGGUGACCCCCGAUGCCUCAGUGCUCGUCAAAUAUUCCGGAUACCUGGAGCACAUGGACAAGCCUUUCGACUCGAACUGCUCCAGGAAAACGCCCCGACUCAUGAAGCUGGGAGAGGACAUCACGCUGUGGGGCAUGGAGCUGGGCCUGCUGACCAUGCGCCGCGGGGAGCUGGCCCGGUUCCUGUUCACGCCCACCUACGCCUACGGGGCACUGGGCUGCCCCCCGCUCAUCCCCCCCAACACCACCGUCCUCUUCGAGAUCGAGCUGCUCGAUUUCCUGGACUCGGCGGAGUCGGACAAGUUCUGUGCCCUGACCGCCGAGCAGCAAGGCCAGUUCCCGCUGCAGAAGGUCCUGAAGGUGGCAGGCACGGAGCGGGAGUUCGGCAACUAUCUCUUCCGCCAGAACCGCUUCUACGAUGCCAAAACGCGAUACAAACGGGCCCUCCUGCUGCUGCACAGGCGCGUGGCGCCCCCCGGCGAGCAGCACCUGGUGGAGGCGGCCAAGCUGCUGGUCCUGCUGAAUCUGUCCUUCACGUACCUGAAGCUGGAGCGGCCGCCCACGGCCCUGCGCUACGGGGAGCAGGCGCUGGUCAUCGACCACAGGAACGCCAAGGCCCUGUUCCGCUGCGGGCAGGCCUGCCUCCUCAUGACCGAGUACCAGAAGGCCCGGGACUUCCUGGUGCGCGCACAGAAGGAGCAGCCCUUCAACCACGACAUCAACAACGAGCUGCGGAAACUGGCCAGCUGCUACCAGGACUACGUGGACGAGGAGAAGGCCAUGUGCCACCGCAUGUUUGCCCCGGCCGGCCACCGCCCUCGCGUGGGAGAAAACUGA